AACACGGGGUAGCAAAAGGAGGCUGUAGGUUAUAACAGAGCCAAUGCCUGGUUAUAAAAGGAGUACAGUUUUGUUGUUCAAUUAGAGACGGCGAGAUUUAACGAAGAGGCUGCAGGAUGUGUGCCGCAAUAGUGAAGCCCGUUCUUUAUACUUAUUUCAGAAGUUCCUGCACCUGGAGGGUGCGAACUGCGCUGGCUCUGAAGGGAAUUGCCUAUGAUCAAGUACCUAUAAAUCUUCUGAAAGAUGGAUGGCAGCUGACACCUCAGUUCAAAGAACGGAAUCCAAUGCAGCAAGUUCCAGUCCUCAUAAUUGAUGGUAUGACCCUCUCACAGUCGCUGGCGAUAAUAGAGUAUCUGGAGGAGACACGGCCAAACCCUAGGAUCCUGCCACAGGAUCCAAAAAAAAGAGCCCAAGUAAGGAUGAUCUCGGAUCACAUUGCUUCUGGAAUUCAACCCUUGCAGAACUUGACUGUCCUGCAGGAAAUGGGUGAGAAGAAGCAAGGCUGGGCACAGCGCUGUAUUUCUCAUGGCUUCAAAGCUUUGGAACAGAUCCUACAAGAAACAGCUGGGCGCUACUGUGUUGGGAAUGAGGUGACCAUGGCUGACUUAUGCUUGGUCCCCCAAGUUUACAAUGCUGAGAGAUUUAAAGUGGAUCUUGCACCAUACCCCACAAUAAACAGGAUCAACAAAGCUCUUUUGGAAAUAGAAGCAUUCCAAACAAGCCAUCCAUCACGGCAGCCAGAUACCCCUCCAGAACUAAGAGCCUAAAGAUGCCCUAUUUUCUUACUGCAGAGGAAUUGAGCAAACUUUGACUAUAAAGGGUCUCUGCCAUGUGAUAGCGGCUAGGAAGGAACCGCAACCUGAAUGUUUUUCUGCUGAGGGAGAUGCACUCUAGUACCACGGUAUGCAAUGGCAUAAAGCCACACUUAACUAGACCUGCCCUUGGAUCAUGUUUCGGCAAGUGUAAAUGCCAUUGUAAUGGGUCAGCACAGAUAUUGGCCUGAAAUAUGCAUAAAAUGUGCUGAAAUCGUAUGUGCGCUUAUAUUGCUUAUUUUGCUUAGUUUAUAAGCUUAUAAAGUCUGCUUGUUGCAAUGUAUGUAUAAUGCGUAGGAGCCAAAUAGUAAAAAAGGAAUAGUUUGAAACUGC